UGCAGCUUUGAAGAGUUCCAGGUUGUGUUCAUCUUUGACGGUCUGGAUGAGUGUCGACUUCCUCUGGACUUCCACAACAAUGAGGUCCUGACUGAUGUUACAGAGUCCACCUCAGUGGAUGUGCUGCUGACAAACCUCAUCAGGGGGAACCUGCUUCCCUCUGCUCGCCUCUGGAUAACCACACGACCUGCAGCAGCCAAUCAGAUCCCUCCUGAGUGUGUUGACAUGGUGACAGAGGUCAGAGGGUUCAGUGACCCACAGAAGGAGGAGUACUUCAGGAAGAGAUUCAGAGAUGAGGAGCAGGCCAGCAGAAUCAUCUCCCACAUCAAGACAUCACGAAGCCUCCACAUCAUGUGCCACAUCCCAGUCUUCUGCUGGAUCACUGCUACAGUUCUGGAGGAGGUGUUGAAGACCAGAGAGGGAGGAGAGCUGCCCAAGACCCUGACUGAGAUGUACAUCCACUUCCUGGUGGUUCAGUCCAAACUGAAGAACACCAAGUAUGAUGGAGGAGCUGAGACAGAUCAGCACUGGAAUAAAAAGAGCAGGAAGAUGAUUGAGUCUCUGGGAAAACUGGCUUUUAAGCAGCUACAGAAAGGCAACCUGAUCUUCUAUGAAUCAGACCUGACAGAGUGUGGCAUCGAUAUCAGAGCAGCCUCAGUGUACUCAGGAGUGUUCACACAGAUCUUUAAAGAGGAGAGAGGGCUGUACCAGGACAAGGUGUUCUGCUUCGUCCAUCUGAGCAUUCAGGAGUUUCUGGCUGCUCUUCAUGUCCAUCUGACCUUCAUCAGCUCUGGUGUCAAUCUGCUGGAAGAAGAACAAACAACCUCCUGUCGGUCUAAAGUCUUCAGAGACAAACCUAAACUAACACAUCUCUACCAGAGUGCUGUGGACAAGGCCUUACAGAGUCCAAAUGGACACCUGGACUUGUUCCUCCGCUUCCUCCUGGGUCUUUCACUGCAAACCAAUCAGACUCUCCUACGAGGUCUGCUGACACAGACAGGAAGUAGCUCACAGACCAAUCAGAAAACAGUUGAGUACAUCAAGAAGAAGAUCAGUGAGGAUCUGUCUCCAGAGAGAAGCAUCAAUCUGUUCCACUGUCUGAAUGAACUGAAUGAUCGUUCUCUAGUGGAGCAGAUCCAACAGUCCCUGAGUUCAGGAAGUCUCUCCACAGAUAAACUCUCUCCUGCUCAGUGGUCAGCUCUGGUCUUCAUCUUACUGUCAUCAGAAAAAGAUCUGGACGUGUUUGACCUGAAGAAAUACUCUGCUUCAGAGGAGGCUCUUCUGAGGCUGUUGCCAGUGGUCAAAGCUUCCAACAAAGCUCUGCUGAGUGGCUGUAACCUCUCAGAGAGAAGCUGUGAAGCUCUGUCCUCAGUUCUCAGCUCCCAGUCCUCUAGUCUGAGAGAACUCGACCUCAGAAACAACAGCUUGAGAGAUUCGGGAGGGACGUCUCUGUCUACUGGACUGUUAAGUCCACAAUGUAAACUGGAAACUCUCAGACUGAGUGGCUGUAAUCUGUCAGAGAGAACCUGUGAAGCUCUGUCCUCAGUUCUCAGCUGCCAGGCCUCUAGUCUCGGAGAGCUGGACCUGAGUAACAACGACCUGCAGGAUUCAGGAGUGAAACUGCUGUCUGCUGGACUGGAAAGGCCACAUUGUACACUGGAAACUCUCAGGUUGUCAGCUUGUCUGAUCACAGAGGAAGGCUGUGCAUCUCUGGCCUCAGCUCUGAGCUCCAACCCCUCGCAUCUGAGAGAGCUGGAUCUGAGCUACAAUCAUCCCGGAGAGUCAGGAGUGUCACUGCUUUCUGCUGGACUGGAUAAUCCACACUGGAGACUGGAAACUCUCAGGUUGAGUGGCUGUAACCUCUCAGAGAGAAGCUGUGAAGCUCUGGCCUCAGCUCUCAGCUCCCAGUCCUCUAGUCUGAGAGAGCUGGACCUGAGUAACAACAACCUGCAGGAUUCAGGAGUGAAGCUGCUGUCUGCCGGACUCCAGAGUCCACACUGUACACUGGAAACUCUCAGACUGUCAGGCUGUCUGAUCACAGAGGAAGGCUGUGCUUCUCUGGCCUCAGCUCUGAGCUCAAACCCUUCCCAUCUAAGAGAGCUGGAUCUGAGCUUCAACUAUCCAGGAGACUCAGGGGUGAAGCUGCUGUCUGCUGGACUGGUGGAUCCACACUGGAAACUGGACACUCUCAGGGUGGACCAUGGUGGAGAGCAGUGGUUAAAACCUGGUCUGAGGAAGUAUCUCUGUGAACUCACACUGGACACAAACACAGUAAACAGGGAGCUCAAACUGUCUGACAACAACAGGAAGGUGACACAUGUGACAGAGAAGCAGCCAUAUCCUGAUCAUCCAGAGAGAUUUGACUUCUGGCCUCAGCUGCUGUGUAGAGAUGGUCUGACUGGUUGUUGUUACUGGGAGGUCGAGUGGAGAGGAGGAGUUGAGAUAUCAGUGAGUUACAGAGGAAUCAGCAGGAGAGGAUACAGUAAAGACUGUGUGUUUGGAAUGAAUGAUCAGUCCUGGAGUCUGAUCUGCUCUGAUGGUCGUUACUCUGUCUGGCACAAUAAGAGAGAAACGGUCCUCCCUCUCUCCUCCUCCUCCUCCUCCUCCUCCUCCUCCUCCUCCUCCUCCUCUAACAGAGUAGCAGUGUAUGUGGACUGUCCUGCUGGCUCUCUGUCCUUCUACAGAGUCUCCUCUGACACACUGAUCCACCUCCACACCUUCAACACCACAUUCACUGAACCUCUUUAUCCUGGAUUUAGGAUCUGGUCCUCUGGUUCCUCAGUGUCUCUGUGUUCUGUGUAGGAGGGAGACAACUUCCAGUCCUGUGGUUUAAAUGUUGGUGGUGGACGAGGCUUCACUUUGGUUAACAUCUGGCUCACUGAUUGUGCCUUUAAUGUCAGAAAUGUGUUUUCUUAGAAAUGGUGAAAUGAUCUCAGGGCUGAACUUGUUGUGGGUUAGGGUAAGACUUUAGUUAUUUUCUUUAUCCUAUUCACCUGCAGUGACUUGUCAAAUCUGUGCAAAUUGGCACAUUUUUUAUUAGUUAACGCCUAAUUUGCAUAUCAAUUGUAAUGACGUUAUUAGACACAAAUGUUAAUGUGUUUUCACCUGUAGUGUCUCCAUCAGUACAUUAGGUUGUAAGGCCAUGAGAUAUUAGCCUUAGCUAAACUUCAGCUAACUUAUUACAUCAGCUCAGCUCAUCAGUCAUGCGUUAGCAAGACAUAGGCCUAUACUGUCUUUUGUCUUUUGUUUAAUUAGCAGUAAACUGGAUGCACUGGUAGUUUAGUCUUUUGUUCAUCACCACUCACCUCCACACAAGCCAAGAAAAACAGUGCUGGGAGAGAAGCUGGAGGGGCUGCUGUCUGUCUGUGAGCUGCAGAGCGAAAACUUAACAGUUCUGCAUGAUGAUUCACUUUUAAAACCUAC